AUGAGAGAGCAGUAUGAAGCCAUGGCAAUAAAGGACAAGCAGGAGCUUGAAAAAUGGUUCCGAGCAACGGUGAGGCAUGAGAAAAAAAAUAACUUACAGCAGUAUUUUCAGACUAAAAUGAUUUGUUUUAAGCUGUGAGAGUGGAUUUAUUUUGUAUUUGUGUGUGUAAAAAGAUGGAAGCUCUCCAGACUGAAAUCUCCUCCUGCUCCAAAGAGGUAAAGACGUAUAGUUCAGAGCUGAAGAAGACCUACCAGAGUUUGGAGAUCAGUCCUCAGAACAUCAUCACAGAUGUACAUCACAUAUUAUGUAAUACUCUGUGAUAUCAUAUACUGUAUGCCACUCAUGCAUGUACAGGACAAGAUAAGCAAAGACAGAAAAGGUACUGUUUGUCCACCAGGGUCACUGAAGUUCAACACAGAAGCAAAAUGUCCCCACAGUAAGGGUGUAUCUAAUUACAUUGAGUGAACGACUAGGUCUUUGAGGAUAAAGGAAAUUAAUGCUGUAGGAUACAUAACUAAAUUUCCCAUCAGGUAGAAAGAGCACCUGUUUUCGGUAAUCACUCACAGCUGUCUGUCUGCGCUGCUGCAGCAGAACCUGGAGGAGGUUAAAAGUCUGUACAGCGUUCAGCUCAGCCAGCUGCAGGCGAGCAUCAACAUGCUGGAGACUGAGCUGCAGCGGCUUAGAGUCUCCCUGGAGCAGCUGCACGACGGGGACAACCGGCUGCUGCUGGACAUUAAGAUGAGGCUGGAGCUGGAGAUUUCAGAGGACAGAAGGCUGCUGGAGAGAGAGAGCUGCAUGAGAGAAAGCAAUAUGAAGAAAAAGAAAUAA